CGGCCAGAAGGAGCAGGGACGGCGCCCGAGUCUGGAGGGUUCUAAACUGUUGCUGAGGUGGACAGACUCCAGCUUGGGUUCCGGGAGGCCCUCCCGGGCGCUGCCCGCGUCCCACCCCGCGUCACGGCAUGGAGAAGGCUGCCCACAAAACCAAAAAUGCAAAACGAGUGCAAAUCAAUGUCGGGAAAACUGAACACACCUUGAGCAAGACGCAGCGCACCAAACUCACGGUGGGCAGCAUGGGCCUGGGCCUGAUCAUCAUCCAGCAUGGGCCUUACCUGCAGAUUACCCACCUCAUCAAGAAGAGCCCUGCAGCCAAGGAUGGGAAGCUGCGGCCAGGCGAUGUGCUGAUUAGUGUUGGCCAUGCCAAUGUGCUAGGAUACACUCUUCGAGAAUUUUUAAAGCUCCUGCAACACAUUACCAUAGGAACAGUGCUACGAAUCAAGGUUUAUCGAGAUUUUAUUGACAUACCCCAAGAAUGGCAAGAAAUAUAUGACUUAAUACCUGAGACCAAAUUCCCAGUCACACGCACACCAAAGGCAAAGGAGCAGGCAAAAGAGGAGUCAUUUACAAGCAGUGAUGAAAAUGAAGAUGUUGUUUCAGAUAAAAGACUGAAAUAUUAUAGAUAUCCUCGGUCCAUGGGGCAUCACCCUGCAAUGAGACCGAUAUCUAUCUCCAAAGAGUGGCAUGGCUAUAAAAAGAAGAACCAUACCAUCAGAGUGGGGAAAGACAUCAGCUGUGAUGUGAUGAUUCACAAAGACAAGGAAAUGAGAGCCCCUUCUCCAUACUGGACCAUGGCGAAGACAAAGAGGAGCUCCUCCUCCUCCUCCUCCUCCUCCAUCUCCUCUGCCUCGGAUGCAUUCUGGCUGGAAGACUGCGCCCAAAUCGAAAAGGGCAAAGGUCAACCACCAUCAAAUGCAAAGAAGUAAUUUACAAAUCUGUGGUUCUUGAUGGCACUUUACCUUGCAAACUCCCAACUGUUGCGUGCUGCCAGACACAGAACUGCAGACUUCGGAGUGAAUUCUCUGUGACGUACACAGCCUCGGGAGACCGUGUCCACUGUGGCAUCUCCCGUAGGCUCUG